CAAUUCGCCAUCCAGCAAACUUCUACAAGAACCACAGUUUGCGUUUCGUAGCAUUUUCGUCAAGCAGUCUCGAACUAAUCGAAUCAAACAGCAAUCAUGGGUAAAGGAGGAGACGCCGCCGUUGCCCUUAAGGGAAAGGAUGAAUUGAAGGAGAUGCCCAAAUACACUUGGAAGGAUGUGAAGGAGCACUCGGUUCCUUCGGAUGCUUGGAUUGUCUACCACAACAAAGUCUACGACGUUUCGAAUUGGCACGAGCACCCCGGUGGUGCCGUGGUUUUCACUCAUGCCGGAGACGAUGCUACCGACAUCUUUGCCGCCUUCCACGCCCCCGGAUCGCAAAACAUGUUGAAGAAGUUCUUGAUCGGGGAAUUGAUCGUGGAGAGCGUCGAGCACAAGGAUGCCCACCAGCAUGCCUUCGAGAAGGCCUACAGAGACCUUCGAUCGCAGCUGAUUGUCAUGGGAAUGUUCAAGAGCAACUUUUGGUUCUACGUUUACAAACAGCUGUCCAACGCCUCCAUGGCCGGUGCAGCUUUUGCCGCCAUGGUUUACUCGGAGAACACCUUUGUUCACGUAGGUGCCGCCUUGCUGAUGGGUCUUUUCUUUCAGCAGUGCGGUUGGUUGGCGCACGACUUUUUGCACCACCAAGUCUACAAGAAGCGCCGAUACGGAGACUACUCCGGUCUUUUCUGGGGAGGUGUGGCACAAGGAUACUCCAUGCAGUGGUGGAAGAACAAGCACAACGCACACCACGCUGUUCCCAACCUUCACAACUCGAGCGCAACCUCGCAGGACGGCGAUCCCGACAUUGACACCAUGCCUGUCUUGGCAUGGUCGCUCAAGCAAGCUCAGUCUUUCCGUGAGCUUCGUGCCGAUGGAAAGGAUUCUCCUUUUGUGAAGUUUAUGAUCCGAAACCAAAAGUAUUUCUACUUCCCCAUCUUGUUGCUGGCACGUCUUUCGUGGUUGAACGAAUCCUUCAAGUACGCCUUUGGACUCGGAGCCGCCUCCGAGAACGCCAAGCUGGAGCGCGAAGCCAAGGGUCUCCAGUACCCCGUUCUCGAAAAGAUUGCUCUUGUCAUCCACUACGCCCUGACUUACGCCUUCUGCACCGGAAUGGGACGCUUCUCGGCUGCCUACUCCUUCGGUUUGUUCAUGAUCAUGACCUGCACUUGCGGAUUCUUCCUUGCCAUCGUGUUUGGUUUGGGACACAAUGGCAUGGCAGUCUAUGACGCCGAAAAGCGACCGGACUUCUGGAAGCUUCAGGUCACCACCACCCGUAACAUUACCGGUGGACACGGAAUUCCCCAGGCCUUUGUCAACUGGUUCUGCGGUGGACUCCAAUACCAGGUCGACCACCACUUGUUCCCCAUGAUUCCCCGACACAACCUCGAGAAGACCCACGACCUUGUCACAUCCUUCUGCAAGGAAUGGAAGGUUGGAUACCACGAGGCCGAUCUGGUCGAUGGAACCUACGAGGUAUUGAACUGCCUCGAUCGAGUCGCUGGGGAAUUCGUCACGGAUUUCUUAUUAGAUGGUCCUACCAUGUAAAUAGUUUGACGCAAAACUAAUCAUAGAAGACUCCUUUUUUGAAAAUCACGACGCGUUGCGUCAUUACUAGACAGUGUAGCAACCAGUGUAUUCUAAUCAUCAUCUUCACGUUGUGUCUUGAGUUUCCAUAACCGCCUUCAGAUUAAGACU